AUGUCCGCCGGGAGGUCCGCCCACAACAGGAGCUCCGGCUCGCGCCUCGCGCUGGGCCUUGGCGGCUCAGGAGCCGGAGGACAUUCCGUCGAACGCCUUGCCUGCAGCCAAGCCAUCGACGGCAGUGGUGUGCCACGGCAGUGCCCGUGUGGGGCGCAGCCGGGUAGAGGUGGGCCUCGCCUCCGUCUUCGGACCGUGGAGAUGAGGCCCUUGCGCCGGGCGCUGGGUGCCUCGGCUCCUUCGCACAACAGCACAAGCAGGCUUGGCUGCUACGCUGGCAUUGGCUAG